AUCGAAGCGGCCCACGAGUGUGCGCCCGCCUUGUCGCUCUUUUCGAUUUUGAAAUCAAAUAAGUCAAAGUUGAAGUUGAAGCUUGCUUGGAUCGGUUGAUAGUUGAUUACGUUAUUUGAUUUUGGAGCAAGUCUUUCAGUGACUGGGUACUGGGAUCUAGAGUCUUAGAUCCCCAUUGCCGUUUGUACUAACAGUAAGAUCGCCAAGCAGCGCAGUCGUCAUCGUCGAAAGCCGUAACGGUAUAUACUGCCUUGGCCGUAACAGUAAGUCCAAUGGAGCUGAACGAACAGAAUCUGCAGCAGCUGGCCACCUAUCUGGGCCAGACGCUGUCACCUGACCCAGCCAUCCGUCGGCCAGCGGAGAAGUUUCUGGAGUCGAUCGAGCGGAACGAGAACUACUCUCUGCUCCUGCUGAACCUGCUGGAUAAUAACGCCGUGGAGCUGCCCUACCGCAUCUCCGCUGCCAUCACCUUCAAAAACUUCGUCAAACGCAACUGGAAGCCGGAUGAGGACGGAAACAGUCACGUGUCGGAGAAGGACCGCGCCGCGGUGCGCCAGCUGAUCGUGGAGCUGAUGCUGCGCUCGCCGGAGCAGGUGCAGCGUCAGCUCAGUGACGCCAUCUCGGUGAUCGGCCGCUGCGACUUCCCCGCCCGCUGGCCCAACCUGAUCGGAGACCUGACGGCGCGCUUCAGCUCAGGCGAUUUCCAUGUGAUAAACGGUAUUUUGCGGACCGCCCACUCCCUUUUCGAGAGGUACCGGUACGAAUUCAAGUCUAACGAGCUUUGGACGGAGAUCAAGUUUGUGCUGGACAACUUCGCCAAACCGCUCACAGAGCUCUUUGUGGCUACCAUGGCGCUGGCCGAGCAGCACGCCACCAACGCGGCCGCCCUGAAGGUGAUCGUCUCGUCGCUGGUGCUCAUCUGUGAGCUCUUCUAUUCACUCAACUAUCAGGACCUGCCGGAGUACUUUGAGGACAACAUGGAGACGUGGAUGCCGCGUUUCCUGCAGCUGCUGGAGCUGGACAACAAGCUGCUGCAGACCGAGGAUGAGGAGGAGGCGGGCCCGCUGGAGCAGCUGCGCACGCAGAUCUGCGACAACGUGGCCCUCUACGCCCAAAAGUACGACGAAGAGUUCGGCCCGUACCUUCCGCGCUUCGUGCAGUCCGUGUGGAAACUGCUGGCCAGCACGGGCAUGCAGGUCAAAUACGAUCUGCUGGUCAGUAACGCCAUCCAGUUCCUGUCGUGCGUCGUCGAGCGGCCUCACUACAAGGGCAUCUUCGAGGGCGACGGCGUCCUCUCCCAGAUCUGCGAGAAAAUCAUCGUGCCCAAUAUGGAGUUCAGGGUGUCCGACGAGGAGCUGUUCGAGGAUAACCCUCAGGAGUACAUCCGGCGAGACGUGGAGGGUUCGGACGUCGACACCCGCCGCCGCGCCGCCUGCGACCUGGUCAAGUCGCUCUCCCGGCUCUUCGAGCAGAGGAUCACACAGGAGUUCUCACAAUACGUGCAGGUGAUGCUGGCCAAGGCCGCCGAGAACCGAACAGCCAAUUGGAAACACAAGGACGCGGCCAUCUACCUGGUGACUUCGCUGGCGGCCAAGGGCUCCACGCAGAAACACGGCGUCACACAAACCAGUUCGCUAGUCAACCUGGACGACUUCUACCAGGCGCAGAUUCUGCCCGAGCUGCAGGACCAGCAGCUGACGCAGUCGCUGGUGCUGAAGGCGGACGCCAUUAAGUACGUGAUGGCGUUCCGCAGCCAGCUGCGUCCGGACCUGGUGCGCGCCUCUCUGCCGUACCUGGCCGGCCUGCUGCGCUCGCCGUCCGUCGUGGUUCACAGCUACGCGGCCAUGGCCAUCGAGAAGCUGCUGAUGGUGCGCGCCGCCGACAAAACGCCCCUCCUACAGAGCCAGCACGUGGCGCCUCUGGCCAAGGAGCUGCUCACCAAUCUGGUGUUCGUGUUCAGUCAGCCGGCCUCGCAAGAGAACGAGUACGCCAUGAAAGCUGUGAUGCGGACGUGCUCGGCGCUGCAGGAGGCGGCCAUCCCCCACCUGGGAGAGCUGCUGCCCACGCUCACAACCAUCCUGGCGCAGGUCUCCAAGAACCCCAGCAAGCCACACUUCAACCACUACCUGUUCGAGACGCUGGCUCUCUCCAUCAGGGUGGUGUGCAAGUCUCAGCCGGCGGCGGUCGCCACGUUCGAAGGCGUGCUGUUCCCGCACUUCCAGACCAUCCUUCAGCAGGAUGUGCAGGAGUUCGUGCCGUAUGUGUUCCAGCUGCUGUCUGUGAUGCUGGAGCUGCAGACUGCCGUGCCCGAGCCGUACCAGGCCCUGCUGCCGCACAUCCUAGCACCGGUGCUCUGGGAGAAGACGGGCAACGUCCCGCCUCUGGUGCGGUUCAUAGCGGGCUGUGUGCGGAGAGACCCGCAGGCCAUCAUACGAAUCGACAAACUGCCGGCGCUACUGGGCGUCUUCCAGAAGCUGAUCGCCAGCCGGGCGAAUGAUCAUCAUGGAUUUACUAUCGUCUCGGCCCUAUUCGAGUCGCUGCCAGAGGCCGCCAUGGAGCAGUACACCCGGCAGUUGUUCCAGCUCAUGUUCCAGCGGCUGACCAGCAGCAAAACGGUCAAAUUCGUCAAGAGCCUGCUAGUGUUCUUUUUCCUGUUCGCCCACCUGCGCGGCGGCCAGAAACUCAUUGACGUCAUCGAUAACAUCCAGGCCAAAAUGUUUGGCAUGGUCGUGGAGCGGCUGGUGGUCACCGAGGCACAGAAGAUCUCCGGCACUCAGGACAAGCUGAUCUGCACGGCCGGCAUGGUGAACCUGCUGUGUGACACGCCGGCGCUGCUGGACGGGCCCUACUCUCAGUACUGGGCGCCCAUUCUGCAGGCGCUGAUCGGCCUGUUCGAGCUGCCCGAGGCCGAAGACGGGGUGGAGGACGCGCACUUUGUCGACGUGGACGAGUCACAGGGCUACCAGGCGGCCUUCUCACAGCUGCUGUUCGCGCCGCCGCCCAUUCACGAUCCGCUCAAAGGCGCUGUGUCCAGUCCGCGGGAGCACCUGGUGCGCGGCCUGCAGCGGGUGGCCCAGCAGAGGCCCGGCCGCGUGCCGGCGCUGCUCGCAUCGGGCCUGGCGCCCGAGGCCGCCGCCUUCGUCCAAAAGUACGUCCAGGCGACAGGCGUAAUUCUGCAGUGAUGUCAUCGGCCGAAGCGGGACACCCCCGAUGCGCCUACCGUGCCGUUUUUGCGGCGCUACCUGAGGCCGAGUGUCAUGUACGGCAGCCUGGGUGUGACGUAAUACUGACGUCACUGUCGGAUGAGACGGCCGGCCGUGACUGCCGUAGUCCAGUAUGACGUACCACUUGUGACGUCACCUUGUCAGUGGCCGCCUGAGCCAUCGCAUCUCUCCAGUGCUAGCUGGCUUUGGCUGCAUUGUGGGACCGACCCAGCCCAUUGCUUUGCGAACGCUGAGUUGAACGUCGUGUGAUCUGAGGCGGAGACAAUGGACCGCUACUGUGAUGUUGGUGUGCGCAGCAUACAAUGUGAUUUUUGA